AUGGAGCACUCGAGUCAGUAUAUUCGUUAUAUUAUUGGUAUUGUUCAGGUGGUUAUUAAUGUUAUUACUGUUGUUUUGAUCUUUGAGCAAUGCUCUCCUACUGCGAGGCUUAGGGAUAUUAGUAUUCCGGGCACAUGUGAUGGCAUUAUUAGGUGUUCGCAAGUUGGGUAUAUCCAGAGUGAGAUAGAAGAUAAGACCUCUGUCAUUACCAAAUUGGCUAUAUGGGUCGUGACGGAAAUGUGGUUCAUCAUUAUUUUCGGGUCUAUACCUACGUUGCGGAUGUUGUUUGUGAGGUUUUCGCAGGAUAUUAAGAGUGCUGUUGGACAUGAUCGUUCGCGGAGUGGGGGAAGGAUGCAGCUGCGUGAUCGGCGGACACAGGGGUCAGGACCUGGGUCUGGGACCGAGGAUAUGAAUGGUUCUAGGUAUGCUUUGAGUGGUGAGGGCUUUGACCCGCGACGGUGGGAGCGGGAGUUGGGUGAUGGGAGGUUAUUGGUUACGAGGGGGAUAACUGUUAUUUCGGAAGAGAGGCAAGGAAGUAUUCAUGUAGUUGCAUAA